AUGGUCAUGGAAACUUUAAAUGGGUUGCUUCAAGAAAGAACAUCUAGACCUGAUUUUAUCUUCCAAAAAUGUUGUAAAACUGAUAAGAUAACUCACCUCUGCUUUUCUAAAGAUAUGAUUUCAUUUGCUCAUGGGGAGAUUAAUCCUACCCUCUGUCUGAUGGAUGCUCUUCAUAAUUUUUCUACCCUCACUGGUCUGCAAUUCAAUCCUAGUAAGAGCCAAGUUUACUUUUCUGGUUUGAGUGCUGUUGAGAAAGAUUUUAUCCUCGAGCAUCUCCUUUUUCAAGAAGGGACCCUGCCCUUUAGAUAUUUGGGUAUUCCUCUAAUCACAAGAAGACUCUUUACUUCUGACUGUAAAACUUUAUCAGACAGAGUUAUGAAGAGGAUUGAAGGAUGGGGUUCCAAGAAUGUUAGCUACAGUGGCAGAUGGAUAAACUCUAAUAAAUGCAAGGACACCCCUUUGCUUGACUUGGAUGUGAAAGGCACGAUGUUGUGGUGUUGGAGAAGUGUUCUUAAAGCCAAAUUUCUUUUACGGGAGAUUAUCUUGAAUAACCAGGACUACUCAACCACUAGAAGUUAUAAGUUGCUGGCCAUUCCUAGUGAGAAGUUGGACGAUGGAAAUAUGGAGAAGCAUUCUUGCUUCUAA